GACAUGGCAGAAAGCUUCAUCCGCCUGCUUUCUGAGAGUUUCUGCAUCCGUGUUUCUGUCUCUUAGCAACCUGAUGUAGCGUCAAACAUGGCGGAUGAUAAAGAGGCUGCAGAAGCUUUUGUAUCUGAGGUCCACAAGAGGAUCAGCAAUGCCUUUGAUGUUUUUGAUCAUGAAUUCAAUCAUACAGUUGAUGUCAGAGAAAUAGGUACUAUUAUCAGAUCCCUUGGCUGUUUUCCAACUGAAGCUGAACUGCACGACAUAAUUGCAGAGGUUGAGGAGGAGGAGCCAACAGGAUAUAUCCGCUUUGAGAAAUUCCUUCCAACUAUGACCAAGGUCUUGAUGGAGCACAAAUUUCGCCCCAUUCCUGACGAUUUGCUCCUCCAGGCCUUUGAGGUUCUAGAUCAACAGAAAAGGGGAUAUUUGGAACCAGAAGAACUAAGCAAAUAUUUAAUGCAAGAGGGGGAAACUUUUACACAAGAGGAAAUGGAAGAGAUGCUGUCUGCAGCUCUUGAUCCUGACAAAAAUGUCAUUUUCUACAAGGACUUUGUGGGCAUGAUGACCAUUGAUGACACACAGUGAGGAUGGAAGGAUGCUACUCCUUAUGAUUCUCCUGUACUGCUUCACAUCUGUUUAUGCUUCAUACACAUGAUUGUAAAAUAAAAUAAUAAACCUUUAUAUACAUUUUACAAAUUACUUUUAGUCAUUUUGAUCUAUAAAUGGAUGCCUUGCACUACAAAAUG